UGAUCCGCCCUGCUCGCUCCCUGCAGCACAGCACCCCCUAGUGUAAUGCUGAGGCACUGGGGUCAGCAGUGACUGGCAGGGGAGAGCGCCCCCUACUGAGCCCCCUGCCCUAAUGCCUGCAGCACAGCGACCCCUAACAGGCACUGGGGCCAGCACUGACUGGCAGGGGAGAGCGCCUCCUACUGAUCCCCCUCCCCGCUCCCUGCAGCACAGCACCCACUAAUGCCAUGCUGGGGCAUGGGGGUCACCACUAACUGCCAGAGGAGAUUGCCCCCUACUGAUUAGAGCCCCCAUACACAGCAUGUAUCCCUACCAGCAUUCAUGUGGUGCCAGGACACUCUGGACCACCAGCCUGGCCCUUUUUUAAGAGAGCUGUCCCACACCCUGGUACUGCCCCGAUCCCUCCCUUGGGGCCCCGUACCCAUCUCAGACAGAUCCCUGAGCAGCAUUAACUACACAGCACCUCACUGUGACAAUACAGCCUCAUGGCACUGGAGUGAACCCCUUCCCUUCCCUCUGGCACCGACUCCCCCCUUCGCCAAUCCUCUGCCUGCAACUGGCUCGGGGACUCAGGGGAAUGGGUAGCCCUGUUAUAAGCAGCCAGACAAAGCUCCAGUGGGACACAGCUCUGCCGCAUGGCCAGCUAUGUCUCAGCUGCUGGAGACCCGUUGUCCCCCUCCAUUCUCUAGGCACAGCUGUUCUGUUUCACUGGGCCAGCCCCACCUCGGAUCCCUUCACCUCCAAAGUGGGACCCACACAGACCAACCCCGCCAGAUUCAGUGUCUUAGGAGGGACUCAGAGUCCUGCUAUGACCCCACCAUUAAUUGCCCCACUGGCGGCUGGACUGUGUUUCUUCCAUUUCCCAGGAUUCUCCACAGAAAGCAAGUCCUAGCUCUGGGAAGUUUGGAAUUAAUUAUCUCCGCUUUCUCAGAACACUGAUUUCCCCGUGGGGCCUCACUUGGCCGGGGGACGAGCCCGCGUCACCAGAGGGCCUCGCAAAUAGCAACAUUUCCAAACAUUUCUUCCCUGUGAGCUUUUCCCAGGGGUUCAGAGCGACCUGAUGAUCUCUCCUCUGCUGGGUCGGUUUUUACAACAGGCCAGGUGCGGGCUGGAUCGGUGUCGGGAAGGGACAACCAAAUAUUGGACUGUAUGGUGCGAGUGACUCAGUAGGGGGCGCUCUCCCUGAACAAUCAGCAUUGACCCCACUGCCCCGGCGAGGUGCUAGGUGCUGUGAGGCAUUUCCCGUAGGCCUUCGUCUCUGUUUGUGGCCAUUCAAGCUGAGAGCGUCCUAGCCAUAGGAUUUGGCCAGUGGGGAAACUGAAGAACGGUGAUUCAGGCUCUUUCCAAAGCUGCUACAGGGAUUUGGAGCCCCAAUUCCUAUUAAAAUGAAUGAGACUGGGGUUCCCAAAUCCCCUAGGCAAAGCCCAGUGUCCUGGCUAGCUCCCAGCUCAGGGCAGAACAUUACCCCUCCCCAAAUUCCUGCCAUGUUGUCAAGAGGAUACCUUCACCUCCAGCCCUGACCUGGGCAGCUGUUCCCCAUUUUCCAGGCUCCACCCCAGAGGUGGCUGCAGUAGGAGACCAUUACACAGCGCCAAAGCCAGAUUCCAGCAUAACAGAGAGAAGAAUUUGACCCUCAUUAGCAGCAUUGUUUAUUCAGCUUCUCCCUGGGCUGGUGCCUCAGUGUUUCCCAGGGUCACUGAUUGUGCAAUGCUGGCCAGUAGGAUAUUUCUCUGAGUACAGCUGCCCCCGCUGUGUCUUUCUCUCCAGCUGGGCUCGGUAUAUAACACCCACCCAGAAAGUACAGAACCUCAGACACUUUGUAGGCAGCUGGAUCCAUACUCCAGGGGAAACCGAGGCAUCAGGACUGGGACAGCCAUGGCCCUGAAGGGACCCUGCCCAGCGCUACUGCUGCUGCUGGUUUUGCUGCCCGCCUGGCUGGCUCUGAGUCGGAGGGAGACGCGCCACGAGAAAUUCCACCGGCAGCACGUGGACUUCCCGAAGACCCGCGCCCCGGAUGCCCGGCGCUACUGCAACCUCCUGAUGCCGCGGAGGAACCUGACAGCUGAUGCCUGCAAACCCACCAACACCUUCAUCCACGCGAGGCCUGACAAGGUGGACGGCAUCUGUAGCUCAGGGGGCACCCCCAGCACCGAGAAUUACUACGACAGCAACGCGCCCUUUGAGCUCACCACCUGCCGGCUGGCAGGGGGCACUCAGAGACCCCCCUGCAACUACCGCGGGAGAACCAGCACCCAGCAGAUCCGGGUGGCAUGCGUGGGAGGGCUGCCCGUGCACUAUAAAACACAGCUCUAGGGGCAAGGAGGAAAGAAGGGGGAGGGACAGUGAGGUUGGCGAUUUCAUCUGAGCUUAAAGAAAUUAAGACCCAACGGGGCCAGGUCCCUCGCUGGUGUGAUUGGGAUUUAGGCUGCUGAACUCCUAUAGAUCCCUACCCCAUCCGCACCCUCUGCUGCCCCACUGCCCAUUGCACAGUAUAGCUGUCCCUUGUCCCCCCCACCCUCUUCUGCCCCACUGCCAACUAUACACUAUAGCCGCCCCUUCCCCACCCUCUGCUGCCCCUAGUGCCCAUUAUACAGUAUAGCCACCAUUUCCCCAUCCUUUACAUGCUGCUGGUACAGUGGCUCAAGGAUAAGCCUGGCACUCAGGAUACCCGAGUCCUAUUUUUUUAUUCUUCCUCUGACCCAAUUCUGUGACUCUGUACAAAUCACUUGAAGUCUCUGUGCCUCAGUUUCCCCAUACAUUGUUCAUCAAGUCUCUUUAGCAUGGAAGCUCCUUGUGGCACAGAUUGGCUCUCAUCUUGUGUCUUUACACUAACUAGAACACAAACAUGCCUCCGUUUCAGCUGAGGUCUCUAAGUGGCACUGUCAUUCAAAUCAUAUUAGUUGUUCGGGGGUGGGCGCAUCUUUUUUGUUCUGUGCUUGUUCAGCACCUGGGCCACGGUCAGUGACCAGGUCUCCUAGGCACUAACCCGGUACAAUAAAUAAAUAAUCAGAGAGAUGCAUCGAUCUGAAUCCUGGAUUUUCUUUUCCUGGGUUGCAGUCUCUUGCUACUUCCUCCAAUAAAGUGCUUUGCUAGAAA